AUGGCAAGUGUCGAGCAGAAAUCGCAGUUCCCUGCUCGCCGCCGGAGGAAGUGGGCACCCAAGCUCAAGUCUGGGUGUAUGACCUGCAAAGUUCGCCGAGUCAAAUGCGAUGAAGAAAAGCCCCACUGUCGACGAUGCAUGUCGACAGGUCGGAAAUGUGACGGGUAUGCUCACCCACCUUUUGUGGUAGAGGUUCUCAAAUCAUGCCACAAUAAUGAUUCACGUGGACAGCGACUUGUUAAGUACGAUAUGAUUGGCCCUGGGAGUUCAUCUCCUUUGUUUGAGAGUCACCUUUUGGACAAAGUAACAAUCCCAUAUGCACAUCUUUCGGAGCAAACUGACGGAUUUCCACUACUGUCUGGACGAAAUUCCCCCCUGACAUACCCCCUGGCCGAAUCGUGGAAUACCCACUUCAUGCCAUUCGUCAUCAAUAAGUUCAGUCUCUCAUUGAAAAUGGCCAAACCCAUCUACAAUACUGUUCCCGAUGUCCUUUCCAAGGCGGAGGAGAAGUCUGCUUUAUAUCAGGCCUGCAAUGCUGUCGCAUACGCUUACAUGGACAACAUUGCCUGGACUUCAAAGGCAAUCUCGGAUCGAGCUAAAGCAUACGGAUGUGCGCUUAUGGCCAUGCGUUCAGCUAUCCAGGAUCCUCAGCUAUGCAAAAGCGACAAUACAUUAUUAGCCAUAUGGCUGCUAGGACUAUACGAGCUCCUCUUAGGCGUACGAAAUGGCAGGGACCAAGUCGCGACCCCUGGAUGGCAAAUCCACAACCAGGUGUUGUCAGAGGUGAUUCGACUGCGUGGCUCGGAACAGUUUACUACCCGGAAAGGGCGGAAUCUUUUUGUCAUGGUUUUUAGCAACGUGGAAACCCAAGCAUUUAUGUCUGGCCAAGAAUGUAAAGAGGCAUCGGCAUGGUUUCUUCAGUUCCAUAAACAUUGCGAACCAUCAGAAUACGCAAUGCUCCGGGCAUGUAUUUUUUCGCACCACUGUGCCCGCAUCUGCAGCCGGAUUCGGGCCAUAAUUGAUACAGGUAACCUCGACGAGGCGCUGUCCGGCUCUCCGUCCAUCCUCCAAGAGAUGGAUGAAGUGGAGCAAGCAACUCAACCCUUAUCCCACGAGAAGGCGGUGGCAAGCUAUGUGGUAGAUCCCCCAAUGGCGCCGUACGCUUGGCCGAAGGAUGCACAUCCGUGUUAUGUCGGUGCUCAAGUCCUCCAAAGCAACUUCCGCAUGCGCCUUUCAUACUCAGUCUUGGAAUUCUUAGGCCAUGCACGUAAGGCCCCGGGUUGUACGCCUCAACAGCGAAUGCUUUUCAAGCGGCACCAGCGUCGCUGCGUCGAGGAGAUCCAAGCUCUUGUGGAUAAAGUCUCACAUAUGCUGGAUAAGUUGCCUGGUGUGGGGUCUAACGAGCCCCUUGACCAGAGUAAAGGCGUAGUGGAUGAACUGGAUGAUAAAGAUUCCGGCACUGAAGGGUCACCAGACACAGAACAAGCUCCAUUCGAAGAAUCACGCGAGCAAUCCACCCCGGCU